UAACGAACGUAGUGAUUUUAGAGAUAGAUAAAUAGAUGACAAGAUGACAAUGACUUGUAGAGGUUAACUCAUCUGAAAAUAAAUUCAAAAUAUUUUGCUUAUUAAUCUUCCAAAUAUACAUUAUUUAUAUGUAGAAAUUAUUGUGACAACGUUAGAAUUAUAAAGAACCACAAUGAAAACAAGAUUUAACACAUACGAUAUCGUAUGUGUUAUAGCAGAAUUGCAAUCAUUUAUUGGAAUGAGGGUUAACAAUAUUUAUGAUAUUGAUAAUAAGACUUAUUUAAUUAGGCUACAGAGAACUGAAGAAAAGCAAGUUCUGCUUUUAGAGUCUGGUAAUCGUUUUCACAAGACUAAUUUUGAGUGGCCGAAAAAUGUUGCUCCCUCUGGUUUCAGUAUGAAGAUGAGAAAACAUUUGAAGAAUAAACGUUUGGAAUCGCUAGCACAACUAGGAACAGACAGAAUUGUUGACCUUCAAUUUGGUUCAGGAGAAGCAGCUUAUCAUGUUAUUCUUGAGUUAUAUGAUAGAGGAAAUGUUAUUUUAACAGAUUAUGAAUAUACUAUUUUGUAUGUGUUACGUCCACAUACUGAAGGAGAUAAAGUUAGAUUUGCAGUUAGGGAAAAAUAUCCACAAAACAGAGCUAGAGAUAGUGGUGUGAUAAGUAAAGAAAAGUUGAUAGAAGUAUUAACAAAUGCUAAGGCUGGAGAUCAAUUAAAAAAGGUCCUUGUUUCUAACUUAGAAUAUGGACCUGCUGUUAUAGAGCAUGUUUUGUUGAAACAUAGUUUUCCAAAUUCUACAAAAAUUGGCAAAAAUUUCGAUCCAAUGGAGAACAUUGAUAAGAUUAUGGAGGCAAUUAGAGACGCUGAAAAUAUUUUUCAAAAUUCUAAAUCCGGUCAAACCAUGGGGUACAUAAUACAGAAAAAAGAAGAGCGCCCUACUUCAGACUCAAACACUAGCGAUUUUUAUUCUAAUCAAGAAUUCCAUCCAAUGCUUUUUGAGCAACACUCUGCAAUGCCUCAUAAAAGCUUUCCAACUUUCAAUGAAGCUAUAGAUGAAUUCUUUUCUUCUUUAGAAAGUCAAAAAUUAGAACUUAAAGCUGUCCAACAAGAAAGGGAUGCCAUGAAAAAAUUGGAAAAUGUCAGAAAGGAUCAUGAUCAAAGAUUGGUAGCUCUUGAACAGACUCAGUCUGUUGAUAAACAGAAAGCUGAAUUGAUCACUAGAAAUCAGGAGUUAGUUGAUAAAGCAAUUUUAGCUAUACAAACAUUAUUAGCAAAUCAGAUGUCAUGGGAAGAUAUCACAGAAAUGGUGAAAGAUGCUGCCUCAAAAGGUGAUCCUGUAGCCAGUCAAAUUAAAGGACUCAAACUUGAAAUAAAUCAUAUUAGUGUCUAUUUAUCGGAUCCUUAUGCAGAUAGUAAUGAGUCUGAUGUUGAAAAUGAUGAUAAAAUUCCCUGCAUGACUGUAGAUCUCGAUCUAGCAUUAUCUGCAUUUGCUAAUGCACGAAAGUAUUAUGAUCAAAAACGUUCUGCCGCUAAGAAACAACAAAAAACCAUAGAAUCCCAAAGCAAAGCUUUAAAAUCCGCCGAAAGAAAAACGAAACAAACGCUAAAAGAAGUACAAACAAUUACUAAUAUCAAUAAAGCUAGAAAAACGUACUGGUUUGAAAAAUUUUUCUGGUUUAUUAGUUCUGAAAACUAUUUGGUAAUUGCUGGGAGAGAUCAACAACAAAACGAAAUUAUAGUAAAACGGUAUAUGAAACAAAUGGAUGCAUAUGUGCAUGCAGAUAUUCAUGGUGCCAGUAGCGUAGUAAUUAAAAAUCCUACGGGCAAUCCUAUUCCUCCGAAGACCCUAAAUGAAGCAGGAACUAUGGCUAUAUGCUACAGCGUUGCUUGGGAAGCCAAAGUUGUCACCAACGCAUACUGGGUAUGGGGAGAACAAGUCAGUAAAACAGCACCAACCGGAGAAUACUUGACCACCGGUAGCUUCAUGAUCCGAGGCAAAAAACACUUCUUGCCACCUUCACAUUUAGUACUCGGUUUAAGUUUCCUGUUCAGAUUGGAGGAUGGUAGUAUUGAAAGGCAUAAAGGCGAAAGAAAAGUACUAAAUGCAAAUGAAGAUGAUUCAAUCAGUUUAGCUGAUAGCGAAAUGAGCAAAGAUGAGGUUGAAGUGGAGAUUUUAGAUGAAAGUGAUGAUGAAUUAGUGAAAACCUCAGACGAAAAUACUGUUAAUAUUGAGAAAACAGACGCAACAAAUAAUGUCGAUGAUGAAGACUCGUCUGAUUCUGAAGAUGAAAAUAAUACAAAAUUUCCAGAUACCCGGAUUAAAAUUCAACACUUUUCUGGAACCAAAAAUAUAAUAACAGAAUCAUCUAAAGAAUUUGAAGAAGAACAGAAUGAAGAAAAUGUAAUUUAUUUAGGAGAUGGCAAACCUAUUGUUAUAAAACCGAGCCAGAAUAAUACAAGAAGUAGAGGAUGUAGUGAAUCGUCUUAUAAGAAACAGAGAAGUAUGGAAGAAAAAGUAGAAAUGAAGAAUGAAUUGAAACAGCAACCAGCAAAAAGAGGUCAGAAGGGUAAAUUAAAGAAAAUUAAAGAAAAAUAUAAGGAUCAAGAUGAAGAAGAAAGAAAAUUGAGAAUGGAAAUCUUACAGUCUUCAGGAACUGCUAAAGAUACUAAAAAAAAUAAAAAGAACAAAGACUCGUCGGAUAAAAGCAAAAAACCUGCUCCCAAAGCACCCAGAAUUUUUACACCGAAGGAGCCAAAUGAAGAUAACAUCGAUGAUGAUGAUACUGCAGUUCAAGCUGAUAUUGAUAUGAUAGACGCUCUUACCGGCGUUCCUGUUACUGAAGAUGAGUUAUUAUUUGCUGUUCCUGUCAUUGCUCCUUAUAAUACUCUUGCUAAUUAUAAGUUUAAGGUUAAAUUGACGCCUGGAACAGCAAGGAGAGGUAAAGCUGCAAAAACGGCCGUGGCCAUGUUUCUAAAGGAUCGGGCUAUUAAUCAACGAGAAAAGGACUUGUUAAAGGCAGUAAAAGAUGAGCAACUUGCAAGAAAUAUACCAGGAAAAGUAAAACUUUCAGCACCUAAACUUCAAAAUUUGAAAAAAUAGUUUUAUUGUAUUUAUUAUGGUUAUAAAUUUAAUAAAAAUACUGUUUAUAUUAUCUAA